CUCCUCCUGGGGCUCUUCCUUCCGCUCCCCGCGAGGGGAGGGGGCGUGGCGAUGACCCCGGAAAAGCCAAAGUCGGACCUGGGUGGAGCAGGUGAGGCGGGACCUGGUGGGAUGGCAGCCUGUUUCACAAGCCGGCCUGGCCGACUCCAGCGCCACCUCCUGAGCGGCGAGUUCGACCAGCUGCGGGACUUCCCCAUCUUUGAGAGCAACUUCGUGCAGGUGACCCGGUUAGGAGAAGUCGCCAACAAAGUCACCAUGGGAGUGGCCGCCUCCAGUCCAGCCCUGGAACUCCCUGACCUGUUGCUGCUAGCGGGCCCCACCAAGGAGAACGGACGCCUCCAACUCUUCGGGCUGUUCCCCUUGCAGUUCGUCCAGCUCUUCGUCCACGACGAGUGCCGCCGGCAGCUCAAGGUCAAGUUCCGCACCGGCCGCACCUUCUACCUGCAGCUGCGCGCCCCGCCCGAGACCCGCGACCGCGAGUUCGGCCGCUGGGUGCGCCUCCUGUACCGCCUGCGCUUCCACGCGGCCCAGGGCGCCGUGCCCUUCACGCAGGAGGACCGGGCGCUCGCCGACGGGGAGGAGGAGGAGGAGGAGGAGGAGGAGGAGGACACGGCCCUGGAGGAGGGGGACGAGGUGACGGGUGGGGCCCGGCGGGACUGCGAGCAUGGGUGGAGGUGGUUCCGGGGCGGGGGAGGGGAGGGGUCUGGGGGCCAGGACUCUGGGUCCGAGGGAAGAGGGGUCCGGGGGUCAGAACUCCUGGGUCUGAGGGAGGAGGGGCUGGGGGACUGGGUCCUGGGUCCUCGAAGGGUCUGCACCCUGAGGACACCCCCUUCCCUAGUGCCCAGUGAGUCCAGGACCCCCUCCCCGGCCCCCAAAGUGCAGAAAGCCCCCCAGGUCAAGGCCUCUGAGGGAAGCUGUCUCUCCCCAGACUCCAGCAGAGAUCAGUUAUUCGAGGUAAUAAAGCUCAGCCGAUUAAGAAUCAACACCCAGGUCACUGAGCGGUUUUGCUGUUGUUGCCAGUUCAACAUGGCGGCCUCACUGAAAUAG